GAGGAAUCGGUGCUUCGUACGUACUCGAAUAUUCACCCGCAGAACACUACCCGGGCGUACACGAACAAGCAACACGAGUUCAAGCAAUGGUGUGACAACAAAGGCGCGGCUUUCAACGACCUCACUCGACACACGGUCACUGGACCCAAGGUUCAUCUUUUUCUCGAAGAGUGCGUCAUUGGGCGAGAAAAGCGUCGCAAAGACCGCGACGGGAGAUGCGAAAAAAUCGCCAAGUCUUCCCAAAAACGCUUGAAGAUUAAUAACUACCCUUCUCCACGGGAUGAUGCUGUCACUUCGCUUCUAAAAAGUACGGAGUAUGAAGAGGAUGACCGGCGCCGAAAAAACUUCGCCGAUCGCGGUGCGGAUACGAUGCUGGACGGCUAUACGACCACUGAGCAGAUCCAGAAAAUUGCUCGCUUUUAU